AUGGAGAACCUCACCCCUCCAGUCGCAAACGUCCGGAAGCGGAAGCGGAUUCCGAUCGCCUGCAGUGCUUGUCGGGCCCGCAAGUCACGGUGCGACGGUGCGAGACCGUCGUGUUCGGCAUGUGUUGAACAAGCCAUCGACUGUGUCUAUGCUGUGAACUCUGGGCCAAGCAACGCUCUGGUGCCCAAACAAUACCUCGAGCAAGUCGAAAACCGACUAGCAGAUGUCGAAGAGGAAAUUGGCCGGCUGAAACGACUCGUCCCCAACGCGACCCCCAGUGGAAAACAACACGUGAUUCAUUCGCGUAGCACCUCGUCGCGUCGCGACCAUCCAUCUGAAAGCCCUUAUGGGGAAGACUCCCUUCACGUCGAAGACGGAAGUUUGCCCGGUAUAUCCCCAGAUGCCACAGAUGGGGUGGGCACUAUUGAGUUCGGCAAUGAGGAGACGUGGGCCUAUUUUGGCCCAUCAUCCAACAUUGCUUUCACUCGAGUCAUCCGUCGGACUUUGAGCCACUUGCUUCACAAUGCGCAGAAAAGUCAACAACCCGGGGUUGUCUCGCCUGAUCGAGAUGCACAGCAACACAUUCUUGCUGUUUCCAGAUCAGAAUCCCCCAUAGACGAUUCUUACGACUAUAGGAAACUAGAGACACCCGCAGAAGCGAGCCGUCUUCCACCCGAGCCAGAACUAACACGUCUCAUCCGCCAGUUCUUCUCCGACACUGGACUUCUGUUUCCUUAUGUCCACGAAGACAGCUUUUGGAAAAACUACACACAGUUCCGAGCGACAGGGUUGAAGAAUGCCAGACAUUCAUGGCUUUCACUAUUGAACAUGAUUCUUGCUAUGGCGACAAGCACAGCUAAUGCAGACGGACUCGGGCUGAACGAUAGACAAGCCAUCUCAGAGGUCUACUACAGGCGUGCUAAGGUGCUCUCGAUGAGUCAGAUGGGCGCCACAGCCAAUGUCGAAGCAGUUCAAGUUAUGCUUUUGAUGUCUCAAUAUCUACAGGGUAGCCAACGGUCUAUCCAAACAUGGGCCAUUCAUGGGAUUGCAGUCAAGGCCGCAAUGGAACUGGGGCUCCACUCCCAGCUUGCUCUUCAGAGAUUCGAUCCAUUGGAAAGAGAAAUAAGAAUCCGUACAUGGUAUGGGUGUGUUGCGCUCGAUAGGACAUUGAGCUUAACGUUUGGAAGGCCGCCGAUCGUUCCACAAAUCUACAUUCGCACACCUCAGCCGAGUCACUUUAUCCCAUAUCCAGACAACUCCAAGAUUCUUCGAUGGUCUCAAAAUGAAAACAGCACUCUCUUUUGGAACGGAUCUUUGACUUUGUAUGGUGUUACGGCCUCGGUCAUUGAUGAACUUUACGAGAGCAACCUUGGCUCUAGCGUGACACCAAUUCCGCCGGCGAAUAUCGUGUCGACCGUGAUCCACACUGGACAGAAACUAGCUGCCUGGCAAGCAUCACUUCCAACGUCCAUGCGGCUUGUUGAACCUUCAGAGAUAUGUGACCCAGCGGAAAGUCCAAUAUCACUCAAGUUCCGAGUUAUCCUGACUCUUCGGUACCACAACCUGCACAUAUUGUCUCAUAGGCCCAUCCUAGAUCGCUGCCUGCAGGCUCUUGACGGAAUUCCGCAGACAGAUCAAGAGACGGCUACCCUUCAACAAGGAUGGUACCUUAGCAAGGACGCAUGUCUUCAGUCUGCGGAAAGCAUCAUCCGCCUUGUUGAAGCUUGCAAGUCUUCAAGUGACAAGCAACCAACCAUUUCCUAUCUUGGGGCUUGGUGGUUCAGUCUUUACUUCACCUUCAACGCGGCGUUGACGAUUGUUGCCAUUAAAUUGAUCGAGGAAAGAUCCUCACCAUCACCGUUUGAUCGAAGCUACUCCAACGCCACUGAGCGCCUCGACGAGGUGCUGAAGGAUGCGGUGAAUUGCAUAGCACGGCUAGACAAGCAAAACCAAAUGGUCGAAAAGUGUGCCAAGUUCACCGCGACCUUGAUCUUCCUUGUGCAAAGCCUCUCAACAGUUCCGGCCAGAGACAAUGGCAUAGUCCCGGAUGCCCCAAUUCAGGUGAUCCCUCCCACUGGGGAAGUGCUUCCAGUCAAUGUUCCAACAAACAAUGGCAUGGAUGAAGCCUUUGCGGAUUUAAUGAACUUUCUCCCACCAAAUUUCAAUGACUUUUCUGCGUCUAGUGGGCCGUUUGCAAUGUCUGAGCUGAUGGAUGACUUUGCGACUGGGGAUCUUUUCUGGUAG